UCUCUGGAGUCUCUUACAGAAACAUGCGCUUUCACUCACUCAUGAGUUCUUUAAUUCUCUUUGUGUUACUCCUCUGUAUCUCAGAUUCUGAGAGCCUGAAGACACUGAAGAAUUUAGCUGUAAGGCGUGGAGGAUCUCUCAGUAUUCCAUGCUUUUAUGAUGAGAAAUACAAAUCGAACCCUAAAUACUGGUGUGAGGGGUAUCACUGGUCGACCUGCAACAUAGUAGCCUAUACAAACACAAGUGGAAGAACAUCAGUCACUGAUCAUCCAACCCAGAAUAUGUUUACUGUGGAACUGAACAGCCUCCAAGACUCUGACUCUGGAUAUUAUUGGUGUGCUGUGGAAAUUGGUGGGACAGAGACCCCUGAUGACAGGGAUUAUUUGUACCUGGCGGUCAGUGCAGAUCCUGCUGUGUCGGUGAUAAACAGCAGAGUGAGUGGUCAGGAAGGGGGCAGUGUCAGUGUCCAGUUUCUCUACAGUGCUGAAUAUCAGACAGAACAGAGGAAGUUGUGCAGAUUUACAGACUGGAGGUGUUUCUUAGGUGGAAGGACUGAUGCAUCCCAAAAUUCAGCAGUGCUGUUCAGUGAUGAUGGAAAAGGAUCUGUCAGUGUGGAGAUGAGGGGUCUGCAGAAGAGUGAUGCUGGCUGGUACUGGUUCAGUGCAGGAGAUGUGGGGGUUACUGUUCACCUCACUGUCACUGAAAGACCUUCAACAACAGUGACUACAACUUUAAGCAGUCAGCAAACUCAGGAAAGUGUGUCCACUCCAGAGGAAACUACAUGUUCUGGCACUGAGAAACCCAAAGAGUCCGUGCAGUUCUGUCUCACACACAACUGAAUGAUUCAAACGCUGAGAUCCUGG